UCGUCUGUCAUUUGUUAAAGUGCGCGGAUUUUUGUGAUGGUGUGAUUUUGAAUUAUCGAUAAUUAUUUAAUUUUCAAAUAGAUAUGAUCUGAAAGAAAAUAAUAUCGGGACUUUCCUUGUUAAAAAAGUAUUAUUCCACGUGCUUGUUUAAUUAAUUAAUGCGCAGUAUUAUUAAUAAAAACAUUAAAACACCGUAUCCAGUGUCCAGAAAGCUCUAACAGUGGUUAAUGAAUCAAUAAAAAAUAAAAAUAGUUGUACAUAAUCUUGUUAAAAUGCGGGAGAAAGCAGAUUUUACGGAUAUACUUUUACCUCGAAACACGCAUUUCGGAAUAAUCAAAUUCAUGACCCGGCAUUGGAACCCUAAAAAGACGCUGAAACUUGAUAAGGAUUAUUCACCCCAAGAUAUAAAGAAUCUAGUGCGUAAAUCGGUCUACUUGGAUUCAUAUUUAGAAGCGGAGAGUGUUAGAAGUGGCACUCCAAAAGAGCUAUUAAGAAUAGAAGUUUUAAAAUAUUUAGAUGAAAUAGCAAUGGAUAAGAAAAUGCAUGUGAUCAGAUGGAUGGGCGUGUUCUUCCUUAAAGUUUCGUUUAUGAUGAAAAUUGGCAUAUUUGUGAAUGAACCAGCUGUUUUAAAGCUGAAAGAUAGUAUGGGCGAGAACCCAGUACUAUUCCUUCCCACACAUAGAAGUUACGCAGAUUUUUGCGUCUUGACAUACCUUUGCUACCACUAUGAUAUAGAGCUUCCUGCUGUAGCAGCGGGAAUGGAUUUCUACUCGAUGGCCAUAGUGGGUCAGAUGAUGCGCGAAACGGGCGCGUUCUACAUGCGUCGCACGCUGGUGGGCGCGCCGCUGUACGCGGCCGCGUUGCGUCACUACGUGCGCACCGUCGUUGCGCACUACGGAGCGCCCGUUGAGUUCUUUCUGGAAGGCACUAGAAGCAGGAGCAAUAAGUGCCUCCCGCCCAAGUAUGGUAUGUUGGCUAUGAGCCUGAUGCCGUACUUUGCCCGGGAGGUGGACGAUAUUACAAUAGUGCCGGUCAAUAUCAGCUAUGACCGCAUCAUGGAACAGACUCUGUUCGCCUACGAGCAUCUAGGUGUGCCAAAACCGAAGGAAACUACAGGGGGCUUAUUGAAAGCAUUGCGCAGGCUCAACGAUCACUUCGGCAACAUCUACAUAAAUUUCGGAACACCAAUAUCCCUCAAGCAAUAUAUAGGGCACACUGGGUUUUCCCCCGAAAAUCUAAAGCCCAGAGACUUGCAACAGCUGACAGACCAAGAAAUGAAAUUAGUACAAAAAGUCGCCGACCGCGUGGUCACACUACAGCAAGAAAGCACAGUUGUUACAAUUACCAACCUUAUAUCUAUAGUGCUAAUGCUCAGUUUGUAUCGACAACAAGUGAUGGAUAUUGAAGAAGUAGUGUCGGAAGUUAAUUGGUUGAUCGAAGUCUUAAGGACUCUAGGGGCGAUAGUCUUUGAGAAUGAUGUUAAGAGUAGUAUGGAGAGGGUCAUGUUGGUCCACGGGACUAUAAUGAGACUGGAAAGAGAGAACAAGCUGAGAUUGGUCUCCAGUGCAUUGAUGGAUGUCAAUCCUGAUGUGCAGAAGAAAAUGAAAGGCCAUAAACUAAAAGCGGAGACGAUGGUGAACUCCGUGCCUAUAAUACAACUGCAGUUAUACAUAAACCCAGUGUUACACUAUCUAGCGCCGCCCGCACUCUUGUAUCUUAUAGUAAGGAGACGAAAUGUUGACACAUGUGAACUUUAUGCUAACUACAGUCUUGUCCGGAAAAUGCUAAGACACGAAUUCUUUCAUUUGGAAGAAAAUGAGACCGCGACUUUCAACAACGCGCUAGAGUACUGCGUGUCAAAACGCGUAAUAUUUUUAUCUGGCAAUACAGUGACUUGCGGUGAUAAUGACAAGCUGCAGUAUUUGCUGCAGUGCGCAAUGUUGCCAGCUUUGACGACGCUGUUAACUUGUAUGGAAGUUAUGGAAGAGAAGCGUAGUUGCGAGCACUGGUCAGUACUGCGCAGUGUGCAAGCGGCAACAGAGCGCACACAGCGAGGCGGUGCGUGCCUCAGCCUCGACGCCGCGGCCAACGUGCUAAGGGGAUUGUGCCUCGCACACGUUAUACAUAAGGAUACACGAGAAAAGGAUGUAAUAUAUGAAGUUGUACCUGACGUGAUGCAUCAGUGUCGGCAUUUAGUGAGUUCGAUACUGCCGAGCCUCACACUAGUGACGGACAAUAACCCGGUUAUAGUACAAAACACGCCUAAAGCGCGACUUUAAGUAUUGUGUUCAAUAGAUUUAAUUGAUUUACCGAUUUUUCAAGCCUUGGUCAAAUCUUAUCCGUCUAAUAAAUAUUACACAAUAAUAAUAAAUAGUAUCCUCCACCCCUGCAGAUGUAACCUGUAAAAUGUCAAAAAAUGGUUGUUACAAUAUGCGACGAAUAAAAUUUAACCGAGGAUUGGAAAAUCGGCCGUUAAGGUAAUAGCCAAAGAAAGACUCAUUGUAAACAGUUGACGAAACAUAACAUUGUGAUAAUACAGUGCCAUCAUACAAAUGAAAUAAACUAAUAUAUUGUGUAAAUCCAAACCAGUUUCAUCGAUAUUACCAUAGUAUUAAGUUGAAAAUAGUGAGUCAUUGGAUUGUUUACUGUAAACUUUACUAACAUUUACAUUAUAGUGCAUUAAUGUCAAUAGAAUAAUUCACAUCUCAUUUAAAUAACUCGUUGUUUGGAGUUAUGAAUUAUGAAUUUUUAUAUCUUGACAAAAAUAAAUUCUGUCUUCCUAUAACUUUUUAUCCUAACAAUCUUAUAAAUUUACCGAAUAGUUUAGGAAAAUUAACAAUUACUGCAGUUUUUUUUAUAGUCAAGCAAAUUACAAUCCUCUAGAGCACGCUUAUUUAAUAAUACAUAGUAUGAAAUAUACCACGGCCAGCUUUAUCUAGUUCCAUUGUAUUAUAAAAAGUAUUUACAUAUAUAGACGUAGGUUUAGAAUUUUUGUAUAUUAUUUUUACGCUUAAAGGGCACUUGCAAUGUUUAAAAUGAACGAAUUUUAUGUUAUGUAUUGUUAUUGUUGUAGUAUGUGUAAUUGUCAUUGCAUUUGUUUUACCAAGGGACGGGUUUUUUUUUAUAGAUUAAUAAUUAUGAGAUUAUCUGUAGUAUUUCUGCAAUUGUCAGGUUUCAAUGUAAAAUACCCACAAAUACCAGUAUUUUUAAACAAUUAAAAUGAUCUAUGUCAUAAUUAUAUUGCCAGUAUCCAUUUAAUGUGAAACGUAAACAUAAUAUUAUUAAGCCGUAGGAGAAUUAUUAACUAAGCUGUGAUAAUUCAAUUAUAGAUAUUUGUUUGUAUUAUUUUGUAUUGAAUGCAAUAAAUAAUAUAUUGAAAA